CGAGUCUAUACCAUCAUUCAGUUUAAGACGCCAGCAGUCGCCACCGGUUCAACUUGUAACUUGCAACAUAGUCUGCCAUGACAGUCAUCGGUGUCACACGAGUGCACCGUUAAACUUUUAUCUAUUAUUGACUGUAUCUUUUUGACAAAGGAAACAAUCCAAUGACCUAAGUUGUUAUACGUUCUGAUAACACAUCGUAUGAUCGUUUUGGAGCGACGGUACAAUUACAAUAAGCAAUUAAGAUACAGAAUUAUAUUACACGCGUCUUCGGUCUAGUGAAUGGCGGCGAGUGGUGUGGUGUCGGUGUUGUGACGUGUGUCUCGUGCCGUGUUGACUGUCAGUUUUGUCAUGUAUCAAAAAUCGCAUCAUUUCUAGGUCUCGUGUGACAUUAUUGAUCGUAUUUAUGGUUUGCAUAAUUGUGUCUCGAAGGAUGAAAUAUAUAUGCUGUUGUAACAUUUAACAUUCCUUUUCAUUACUGUAUGGCAUUUAUUUACGAGCAAAAGUUUACCAUUGCCUAAAAAGUGCGAGAGUAAGGUGUGGUGAAAAAUGACAUGUAGAUUCUCAUUGCUCUUUCAUUCCUGCUUCUCUUUCUCCUUUCCAAUCUUUUCCCCUUCCUCUUUGUUCUAGGCACGCGUAUUCCUAUUCUUCUCUUCCUUCAUCCAUUCUUCACCCAUCCGUAUACCGGCAACUUGAAAGCCUUGCGAAGGUAAAAGUUCGCUGUCACGCGCGAUUGUCACGGUAUUGUUUUCACACAGAACGAUACUUUCCGUGAUGAAGUAAUGAAGAAAAAAUUUAAUACGAUCAACAUAAAGGAAGAUUAUUAAAGUGCAUAAAAUUGUGUUUUUAAUCAAUUAUCUUGCAUUGUAUAUAGAAGAACAUUUUCAACUCGUUUUAAUUGAGAAGAAAAUUAUUUUCAUAAAUAAUCAUCUGUUCAUAAAAAGACGCAUGAAAUAGAAGAAAUGGAAGAAUCUUAGAAAAAAUUUAGUUUUGAAAUAUCUUAUUGGGAUUGAAUGCCGGAAACGACCGGCCAUGAAGAAACAGUUUGCUCUGGUAGGUUCACGCCCCUAUACGCGUCACAUCUUGCUAUAUCGUCAAUCAUCGACUGAAAAUCUAUCAAUGUAUAUAGUGUUUCGUGAUUUGUGUUGCGUGAAAACCUAGUGUUGGAAAUUAAUCGGAGUAAUGCGUGUCUUUUAUUCAUUGUGUUUCAAAGUGAGAAUAUAUUGAAGUGUGUUGAAACGUGCCUCGUAUUGUAUCGUAAAAUAACGGGGUAUCGAAAGUGACGUAUCGUUUACUCGGAAUUCAUUCGUGACAGGGAAUUUCCUGUUACCGAUUUGCACUCGCUUGGCGCGUACGCAACAUUGCGCGAGCGUGCACGCCCCUUCCCUUCUCAUCGUGUUUUUAGUGAUCGUGUAGCCGUCGUAGGGGAGUGAUUUUGUUGGUUGUUUAGUGUUUGCACGUAACGACAGUGUGACCAAGCAUAUAUAGUCGUUUCGAUGGACAGUGUCGUGUUAUACGUGUGGGGCCAACCGAAAUACGCGUCUGCGCGUAAAACUAUAUACGCGCGAAUAAUCAAAAGAGAAGAGAUAUCUUGUAUUAUCUCUUUCUCACAUUCGACUCAAGAUUGGUGCUGUGAAUGAGAAAAUGUUUAACUUUAUGAAGAAGGCUACGGAGAAGGACGACAAGGAGAAGCGGAAGCGCGAGAAGAAAGAACGAAAAGAUGUCAAGAAACGAGAUCGCAGUAGUAUGUCCGCUGAGGAAUUACUACGUUUAGAUGAAGUUCGAAGAUCAUUGAAGAUUCCUGGUCGGCGGAAGGAGAAAGAAAAGUUACCGAGUGGUAUUACUGCGGACUAUAGUGCUUCAUUUUUCGCGUAUCUAGAUCGUGAUCUCUUGGAAAAUUCGCAAAACUCAUCGAGUUCAGGCCAAAGUGUUCGUGCCGGUAAUAAUUGGUCCAAUAGGACGCCAGAUGGUUUAACGCAAAGCGAUUCAUCAGAAACUUCCUUGACUUCUUUGACCAUUACGACAACUAUCUCUUCAGUUACACCGACGAACGUGUCUGGUCAAUCGGGAAAAAAUUUGCCACCACUGCCACCAAAACCUCCGAAACGAGGAAUUCUUAAGGGACCACGUUUAAGCGUCAGCACUGUGAAUUCAUUAUCGGAAGAAAAUCAAUUGCCAAACGGAAACGAGACCAAUUAUCAGGAGGCUAGCAAUCUAUUGGUCAGAAAUACUUUGCAGAACGAGGUGAUUGCGUAUCAAAACGUGCCCACUCAUUUAUCAGGAUUUGGGAACACUUGUAACAAAGAAGAAGCUUGUAGCGAAGAGGAGACACAAAUUGGACAGAGUUCGUGGCAAGUGUCGCCUCAGCGAACAUCCCAGCAGACUCAACAACAUCAACAACAAAAUCAGCAACAGCAUCAUCAUCAUCAUCAUCAUCAUCAUCAUCAUCAUCAUCAAAGCGACACCAAAUUGCUGCAGGUGGUGACCAGUGCAAGUCCCUCCGCAGAUUCUCUAACAGAUACAACGAAUUCCAGUUUCGCUACACCACCUUUCAGUCUGUCGCCUGUAGGAGAAUCUCAGGGUUUAUCAAGGUGGCGAUCCUCGGCAUCUUUCGAAGAGCAAGGGGUCGAGCUGCAGUUACCAGAAAUUGUUCCUCUGGAAUUGCCUGAACCUCGGGAGCUAACGAUUCAGAGGCAACCACCGCCGCGAAAUGAUUUCGGUUUCUCAUUACGCCGAGCUGUGAUCGUGGAACGAGCCGCAAAUGGUGUCACCCAGAUGAGACCGGUGAUCUUCGCUGAGCCCGGUUCGUUGAUACAACAUAACAACGACACCGGUUUGCUACCAGGUGAUAGAUUGAUUGAAGUCAAUGGAAUUAACGUUGAUGACAAAUCACGCGAGGAAAUCAUUGAUCUUAUUAAAGGCUCCGUUAACAGCGUUGCUGUAAAGGUGCAACCAGUUGCAGAAUUGUCGGAAUUAUCAAGACGCGGUGGUAGCGACGGACGUCAGGUUGAACUUGCGGCCGCGAAUAUUCGUGGCGGUACACUUCGUCGAUCUGGUAGUUUGCGGUUUCAUCAAAACAUGACACUUGAAGAGAGGAAAAGGAAUUUUAAGGCACGAUCCGAGGAGCAUCUUGCACAAGAACAAGCAUGGAUGAGUUCUGAGAGAAUUUGGUUGUUACAUCGGGGUGGUUUCACCCCUGCGACAAAAUGUGGUCCGGCAGAUCCAGAUACAGGGAAACUGAGAAUUCGUUUGACUACUUCCGGCGAAGAACUUUUGGUAGAUGAAGAAGAUGUUGAAAAGGCCAAUCCCCCUCAGUUUGACAAGGCCGAGGAACUCUCGCAAUUACGUUUUCUCAAUGAAUCUUCUGUUCUCCACACACUGAGGCAACGUUACGCCAGUAAUUUAAUCCACACUUAUGCGGGAGAUAGCAUGAUCAUUAUCAAUCCGGUGGCGCCAUUGGCAAUUUACUCGGAAAAGGUAGCACAUAUGUUUAGAGGAUGUAAAAAUGAGGAUAUGCCACCGCAUAUUUAUGCGAUGGCGCAAGCAGCUUAUAGAGGGAUGUUGGCAACUCGAAGAGAUCAUUCCUUAGUUUUUCUUGGUCGUAGCGGAUCAGGAAAAACGACAAAUUUUAAACAUGCCCUUCAUUAUCUUGUAUUGGCUGCAGGUACAGUUAACAAGAUUUUAACUAUCGAGAAACUCAACGCCCUAUUCACAGUCUUGGAGGCUUUUGGAAAUAGUAGAACACAUAUGAAUUCCAAUGCAACGCGAUUUACACAAUUGUUUAGUUUAGAUUUCGAUCAAUCAGGGCAAAUAGCAUCAGCUUCCUUACAGGUGUUGCUUUUGGAAAAAUCAAGAAUAGGCAGAAGAGCAAAUGGAGAUCCAACUUUCCAUGCGAUUUAUCGUUUGCUGGCAGGCGCAGAGGGUGCUCUCAGAAAAGAAUUGCACCUUACAAAUCUAGUCGCAGAGAAUAAUACUUUCAUUACACCUCUGCAAAAACAUGAGGAUAAGCAGCGUGCUAUGGUCGAGUUUAAUCGAAUCGUAGCCGCCUUUAGAAUUCUUGGAGUGUCCGAGUCUGAUGAAAAAGUCAUUUGGCUGGUCCUUGCCGGUAUAUAUCAUCUGAGUUGUGCUGGUGCAGUUAAGGCUGGCACUAGUUCGCAAAGUCGAUGGCAGUUCGCGAGAGUAGAGUGUGCAGAAAAAGCUGCCAAUUUAUUAGGCACUACUGUCGAGGAAUUAAGUAGAAUAGUAUUUUCUUGCAAUGGAGGUGGUGCUGGUACACCAAGUACUCCGAGACCUGCUUUACGUACACCGAGUCCUACGGAACAGAGCAAAGAUAUCAUGGGUUUAGAUGCCUUGGAAGGUCUUUUGAUUGGACUUUAUUCUGAAAUAUUUCACUGCGUAGCUGCUCUCAUCAAUAGAUCCAUAUCAUCCUCUCUACACACAGUGUCGUCUUUGUUACUCUGUGACUCGCCAGGUUUUCAAAAUCCAGCCUCCUGUGGACAACAAACUGGAGCUUGUUUCGAAGAUUUGUGUCAUAAUUACUUGCAAGAACGAUUGCAACUGCUGUUUCAUCAUACGACACUGGUGGCACCAAAGGACAGGUAUGUCCAAGAAGGAAUUGAUGUAGAUUAUGAAGAUGAUUGCGAUGAAGAUGGAAUUGGAUCACCUCAGGGUUUAAUUUCGCUAUUAGAUCGUGGAAGUUCGCAGGGUGCGACUAUGUUGCGAACUAGUCAAAGUGACCUUAGUGGGAGUAGGCAAAUGGAACGAAAAGGUCUUCUAUGGUUAUUGGACGAAGAAACAGUAUGUCCUGGUGGUAGUGAUGAAACAUUUUUAGAUCGACUGUUCUCUCAUUAUGGAGAUAGAGAUCAUCAAAUAUUACUUAGAAAAGCACCUGGAAAUAAUCAAUUUGUCUUACAACAUUUAUUGGGUACUAAUCCUGUACUUUACACAGCAACAGGAUGGCUGAAAGCAACACGAGAAAAUCCUGUUACUAAAAGUGCCAUUACAAUACUUCAAGAAAGCACAAGGGAAGAUGUUAGUAUGCUGUUUGUUAGUGCACGUGGAGCUGGAGUUUCUGGAACUUUAUGUAGUUCCAUGCCUGGUUUAGAGGGAUCACAAUCAUUAAGAAGAGCAUCUAGUAUACGACGAACAUUCACUGCCGUAAAAAGAAAAAAUAUCUGUCUUCAAGUCAAAUUUACUGUUGAUGGUCUGAUUGAAACCUUACGAAGAACACGAGUUAAAUUCAUUCACUGUAUAUUACCACAACACAAUGCUGGCUGUACUGAUAAUAAGAGUCUAUUGUCAGUAAAAUCUAAUCAAAGCGAGGAUAGUGUUAUUAAUGUUCCUCUUCUUCGAUCGCAGAUCCGUGGAAGUCAAAUAAUUGAUGCAGUUCGAUUACAUAAAGUCGGAUUUCCUAAACAUAUAGCAUUAGGCGAAUUCAGAAGACGAUUCAGUUUAUUGUCAAGCGAUGUAAAUACGCGACCAGGUAGUCCUGUAGCUGAUGAACGUCGUGCUGUGGAAGAUAUGAUGCUUACUAUCGAUGUCGAUCCAGCUUUAUAUCGAGUUGGUCAAAGUCAGAUGUUUUUCAGAUCAGGUACCCUGGAACGACUCGAGGCCCAGAGAGACGAGAAGUUAACUGGACACAUUAUUCUUCUUCAAGCAAGGUGUAGAGGUUAUCUGGCACGUCGUAAACUCAACACUUUGAAACUGCAAGAUCUUGCAGUUAGAUGCAUACAAAGGAAUGUGAGGAAGUGGAUGUCCGUAAGAGAAUGGCCCUGGUGGAGAUUAUACGUGAAAGUUGCACCUUUAUUGAACGUCCAUCGAACAGAGGAUCAAUUGAAGGCAAAGACGGAGGAACUUGAGAUUCUCAAAACGAAAGUGGAACGAUUGGAGCAGGAACGGAAUCAUCUGAAACACGACAAUGAUAGAUUGGAAGCUAAGUUGAGCGAAAUGACCGCCGAUUUUGCGGAAGAGCAUUCGACAUCGACACUGGCGGCCGAGAGAAUCGACGCCGAAACAUCGGAGCGUCUGCGAUUGGAACGUGAACUCCAGGAUAUAACCGAGGCGAAUAAGAAUCUCCAGCAGACGACCGAACGUUUGGAGAUGGAACUUUUGUAUGCAAGGGCCGCAGAUUUGAACGGUGUCGCAUCGGAUGCCGAGGAUGGCGAAGACGGUGGCGUAUACAAACAGAGAUACGAACACGCCGUGAGAGAGCUCGAGUUCACAAAAAGAAAAAUGGCGCAACAGCACGAGGAUGAUCUUGAACAGCUUGUCGGGCUUAAGAAGCAAUUAGAGAAGAAGUUAGCCGAUGCUUACGAAGAAGUCGAAGAGCAACGUCAAGUGGUCGGACAAUGGAAGAGACGCGUCCAAAAAUUGAACGGAGAAAUGCAUGAUCUAAGAUUAUUGCUUGAGGAACAAACAGCCAGGAAUAAUCUUCUGGAAAAGAAACAGCGCAAGUUCGAUUCGGAAACUCAAAAUUUAAUGAACGAUCUACGACAAGAAAAAGCACAACGUGAAAGAUUAGCCAGAGAAAAAGAAAUUGCGAUUGCAGAGAAAUUUACCAUAGAGCAAAAUCUUAGCGAUGCAAAAUUAGAAAUCGAAUUAAAGGAAGAAAGAUUACGGACAUUAAGUCAGGAACUUGAAGAAUUAACAUUUGGCGGGAAAACAGAAGAGGAAGUAGCACAAUUGAAAAAAGCGAAGCAUGAAUUGGAGAAAAGAGUAAAGGAUCAAGAAGAAGAGUUGGAUGAUCUCGCUGGCCAAGUGCAGCUUCUUGAGCAAGCGAAACUGAGGCUAGAGAUGAGUAUCGAGCAACAGCGUAAAGAAAUACGCAAAGAGAUGCAACAAAGGGACGAGGAACUGGAAGAUGUGCGUGGUAACGCGUUGAAAAAAGUGAAAGCUCUGGAAUCACAGCUGGAAAACGAACAUGAGGAGAGAACGAUAUUACUUCGAGAAAAACACGAGCUGGAACGUCGUUUGGUAGCUAUUGAGGAACAGGAUCGUGCUGAACGUGCCGCAGAAGCUGAAACUAUGCAUAGAUUGAAGAGAGACUUGAAAAGAACCAAAGCUUUGCUAAGAGAUGCUCAAACGAUGCUGGAGAGAUCAAAAGGCGAUUCAACUGGUAAGGCAGCUCUACGACAAUUGAAAAAUCAAUUGGAGGAUGCAGAAUGUGCUAGAGCAGCUGCUGUCAAAGCGAAACAAGCAUUAGAACAAGAACUAAAUGAGACACAAGCUUCGCUAGAAGAAGCUCAACGACAACGCUCCGAAGCGGAAGAACGGGCAAAUAUAGCUAGUCGUGAACGAACUGAGUUAUUAUCACAAUUGGAAGAAAACGAAGAAGAGUUAGCUGAAGUUUUAAAAAAAUAUCGGGCAGCAGUGCAGCAAGUAUCGGCAGAACAGGGUCAAUUGCAAGAAGCACAAGUACAGAUUGCUGCAUUAGAGGCAGAAAAGUCUGCGUUGAAGGAUCAAUUAUCAGAGUUGACACAACGACUCGAAUCCGUUGAACAAUUGGGUGAUCCAACUGCCAAUAGUCUUGCUACACGGCGACUCGAGUUCCGUGCCAAGGAACUCGAAAGUAAGCUAGAAUUGGAACAAACCACGAGAGCACGUUUAGAAACUCAAAUAGCGAGAUUGAAAGAAAGUGUGGAAAAAUUACAAACUGAGUGUGCAUUACUUCGUACAAAAGAACAGAGUGCUCAAGAUACUUCCAGAAGAUUGCAAAGAUCAUUACGGGAAGCAAGAGAAGAGGCCAGUUCAGCUCUAGCGCGUGAACAAGAAUCUACCCGUGCUCGUCGCGAAUUGGAAAAAUCUCUUGAGGCUGCUGAAGCAGAAACUAAAGUCGCCAGAGACGAUCUUAGAUUGGCGCUUCAAAGAAUCGAUGAUCUGCAAAGCGCUAUUCAAGGUGAACUUGAUUUGGAUUGCAGCGAGGAAGGAACAACGGAAAAUAGUGAUAGUGAUUGAUGCGAACAGUUGUCGGAUCUUGAAUCCGACGAAAAAAAAGAUAAGGAAUCAACUGUUCAACGUAUAACUGAAAAUAUUGCUGAUGAAUUGUCAUUCGUCGAAUCAUCGAUGGAUACUUGUUGAUUUAUAAGGCUGAAAGAGAACAACAAAAUAAUAAAAAUAAACAACAAAGACGAUAUCAAAAGAAGAAAGAUAGGAGAGACAUUAAUUCAGAAUCGCUAGACUUAGUUUGUUUCUAUCAAUCAUCCACACCACUGUCGGUUGCAUUUAAAUUUAACGACGGCGAAUCAAAUUUAAAAGCUAAAAAUCAAAUUAUUAACUCUAUAUAUAAAGGUCUAUCAUAAUAGAGUAAAAUCAUAAACAAAAACUGAAAAAUAAUGAAUAAAUUUAUCAAUUUGUACGAUUACACUUACAUACUUUUACUCGUGACUUUUUUAUCAAUAUAAUCGAAAAGAUGACAAGUUUAUAGGUGGUGCUAAUUUCAAAUCCCAAGAAACGUGUUGAUGUCGUGGCUAUUUGUAUUCCGCUUUUUAUUGCGCGUUUUUGGUGCUAUUUAAUCCGACAGUAGUUUUUAUCGACGGACUACAUUGUUGUUCCAGUCUUCCAAAGGAAAAGACAAACUUCGACACGUGAAAACACGUCUAUUUGCACAAUUAAUAAAAUGGUUACCUUUUCAACAGCCCAAAGUUCAAAUGUGCAACAUACCAUAAAAAAUAAAAUAUCAAAGCCUUACUUCCUCAGAAAUGAAAAGCAUUUCACGCUUUUUUAACAUUUCGCUAUACGUAGCCAAUAAUCUUGGCUAUACAGUUUGUAUUAUAAAACGCGAGCUGCGACUCAAUUUUUUGGUUUCUUACAUAUGUAACUUAUUGCUUUGUAAAAUGCAAAUAUCUUAUUUAAUUAA